GCAUACAGUGUGGAGCCGCCUGCCCGCCUGCCUGCUUGUCUGUCUGUCUGCGUCCACGCUCGUCGCUCCGGUGUCAUCCAAACCUGCCGCGUUGACGACCGAAUUUUGCAUCUUUUAUUCCAUUUGAUUUUGCAGAGAGCGACGCUGUGAUUGCUGCGCUUCGUCACGUUUUACGCACAGGGAGCGCUUAUUGGAAUGACCGCGUGGAUGACACUCCUGCACACCUUCCACGGGUGGAAAUCACUCAGGAAGAUGAACCGAGCUGGAGACUCACUCGCUCGGGUUUAUUAGGCCGCGACAUUAAAGAAAAAGAUUAAUUCUGAUCAAAGCCAGGCUUUUCUCGACUUGUCAAGUCAAAGGACUCCAACAUGUCCAGAACCUUGAAGAAGAAGAAACACUGGUCCGGUAAGGUGGUGGAGUGCGCGGUGUCUUGGGGCAACCUGGGCGACUUCGGCUCCGUGGUGGAGGUUCUGGGGGGUGCUGAGGUGGGCCAGUUCCCGCACCUGGGUCAGAUGAAGCUGGACGUGCUGGUGUGUCACGUCGGGAAGCUGCCCUACUACGGCGACGUGCUGCUGGAGGUGAACGGGACGCCCGUCAGUGGACUUACAAACCGGGACACGCUGGCUGUCAUACGACACUUUCGGGAGCCGGUUCGCUUGAAGACUGUCAAACCCGGCAAAGUAUUGAACACGGACCUGCGCCACUACCUCAGUCUGCAGUUUCAGAAGGGCUCACUGGACCACAAGCUCCAGCAGAUUAUACGGGACAACCUCUACCUGCGCACCAUCCCGUGCACCACCAGGCUUCCUCGGGAGGGAGAGGUGCCUGGCGUUGACUACAACUUCAUCAGCCUGGGCGACUUCCGCAUCCUGGAGGAGAGUGGCCUUCUUCUGGAGAGCGGCACCUAUGAUGGCAACUUCUAUGGGACUCCGAAGCCCCCCGCCGAGCCCAACCUAGUGCAGCCCGACUUGGUGGACCAGGUCCUGUUUGACGAAGACUUUGGCGGCGACGUCCCUCGCAAGCGCACCACCUCGGUCAGCAAGAUGGACCGCAAGGACAGCGCCGUGCCCGAGGAAGAGGACGAUGACGAGAGGCCACCGCUGGUCAACGGCUUGCCUGAGCACAAGGCCGACUGGAGGCGAGCCGUGCCCAGCUACGCCCAGUCCAGCAGCAGCAUGGACUUCCGCACGUGGAGCUCGCUUCCCCGCGACGACAGCCUGGAGCCGCUUCCGCUCAACUGGGAGAUGGCUUACACUGAGACAGGCAUGGUCUACUUCAUCGAUCACAACACCAAGACGACCACGUGGUUGGACCCCCGCUUGGCCAAGAAGGCAAAGCCCCCCGAGAAAUGCGAGGAUGGAGAAUUACCUUACGGCUGGGAGGAAAUUGACGACCCACAGUACGGCACAUACUAUGUGGACCACAUAAAUCAGAAAACCCAGUUUGAGAACCCAGUCCUGGAGGCCAAGAAGAGGCUCAGCCAGGGGACAGCCACCAUCAAGAAGGCUGCGACGUCUCAUGGAAAGAGCGGCGUGCCUGGCUUCACCGCAGACCCCAACCAGCUGAAAGGCGACAUGUACCGCACGGCGCUGAAGAAGAGCUCGCAGGGCUUCGGCUUCACCAUCAUCGGGGGUGACCGCACCGACGAAUUUCUGCAAGUGAAAAAUGUCUUCCGUGACGGCCCGGCCGCCCAAGACAACAAAAUGGCAUCCGGUGAUGUGAUCGUGGAGAUUAAUGGAUUGUGCGUUCUGGGGAAGACCCAUCCGGAGGUGGUGCAGAUGUUCCAGUCCAUUCCCGUCAACCAGUACGUGGAUAUGGUACUCUGUCGUGGCUAUGCACUUCCCCCGGACGUGAAUUUGGACAGCGACGAGCCUCUGCCGCCGCCGCCCCCUCCGGCCAACCAAGCGUUGCACGGCGGCGAGGUGGUGACGGCCGUGCCGCUCAUCAACGGGCAGCCGCUUUUGGUCAAAGGCGACGUCCUGCACGGCUCCUCCCAGGAGCUCCACUACGUCACCACCGACUCCAGCGGGCGGCCGGUCGUCGCCGCCUUGCCCAACGGAAGGCAGGGCGACCCGGCCACCGGGAUGCUGCAGCCGGAGUUGGUGAGCGUGCCGCUGAUCAAGGGACCGGGCGGAUUCGGCUUCGCUAUCGCCGACUGCCCGCUGGGCCAGAAGGUGAAGAUGAUCUUGGACGCCCAGUGGUGCCGUGGCCUUCAGAAAGGGGACGUCAUCAAGGAGAUCAACAGGGAGAACGUGCAAACUCUGAGCCACGCACAAGUGGUAGACAUCCUCAAAGACUUCCCUGUAGGGAGUGAGGUCAACGUGGUCGUGCUGCGUGGAGGUCAAACGUCGCCCGUGAAGAGUCUCAAGCCUAGGCAAGACAUGACGGCCAGCACGGAGACAUUGAACGCCAUCGGCGAUUCGGCUCCCCAGGCGCUGCCUUACCACUCUAACACGAGCACCCUGCGCGCUGCCAACGACUCCCCCAAACGAGAUGCCACCGAGUUGUACCUGAAAUCCAAAGCCCUGCUGGACAGCAGACAGCCUCACACCAAAGAUAUUGAUGUGUUCCUCAAGAGGGAUAUUGAGACGGGCUUUGGCUUCCGUGUUCUGGGUGGAGAAGGUCCUCAGCAGCCAAACGUGUUCCCCCAGGUGUACAUCGGGGCCAUCGUGCCCAAUGGCGCCGCGGAAAAGGACGGCCGCCUUCGAGCCGGGGACGAGCUCAUCGGUAUUGACGGUGUGAUUGUGAAGGGCCGUUCGCACAAGCAGGUGUUGGACCUCAUGACAAACGCUGCCCGUAACGGUCAAGUCAUGCUGACCGUGCGCAGGAAGGUCAUCUAUCGAGACGCGACAGAUGAGGAGGUUCAGGAGAUGACGCCGACGCUGGUCAACGGCUCCCCCAAACUACCUCGGUUGCCCAUGCCCAGCGCCCUGGAUCACGAGUCCUUCGACAUCACGCUGCACCGCAAAGACUCUGAGGGCUUCGGAUUCGUCAUCCUCACAUCCAAGAGCAGACCCCCAUACGGAGUGAUCCCUCACAAGAUUGGCCGCAUCAUCGAAGGCAGCCCGACGGACCGCUGCGGCCUGCUCCACGUGGGCGACCGCAUCUCGGCCGUCAACGGUCGCUCCAUCCUGGAGCUCUCUCACAACGACAUCGUCCAACUGAUCAAGGACGCCGGCAACGUGGUGACACUCACUGUAGUGCCCGAGGACGAGUACAAGGGUCCUCCUUCUGGUGCCAGCUCCGCUCGACAGAGUCCAGCUCUUCAGCAUCGAGCUAUCGGACAACGCUCGGCUCUACAGGAUGAACGCUAUAACUUGGACAUGGAGGACAAACGAGAUAGCCUCUCUUGGUCUGAACACAAAAAUAUCCCAGUGGAGCAGGGGGCUCUGUGUGUGACAGGACCCAACCAGGGCUGUCUGACCGUAGAGUUGGACAGGAGCCCCAGAGGCUUCGGCUUUAGCCUGCGAGGGGGGACCGAGUACAACAUGGGUCUGUACAUCUUGAGACUGGCCGAGGAUGGCCCCGCCCUGCUGGACGGAAGGAUCCACGUCGGAGACGAGAUUGUGGAGAUCAAUGGCGAGCCGGCCCGAGGCAUUUCGCAUACGCGUGCCAUUGAGCUGAUCCAAGCAGGAGGAAGCAAAGUGGCGCUGCUGCUCCGACCCGGCGCUGGCUUGACUCAAGAUGGCAGUCAAAAACACAUUUCUCCCUCCAGCGCCACCAGAGAGGUGUUUUUUUCGGACACAUCACCCUUGUCCUCUCCAUACCUCACCGGGGCUUCCACCCUCGCGUCCAUUCCUUACACCGGCGGUCCAAAGCACCGCCGGAGUGGCAUAUCCUCGUCGCGAGGGCUGCGGAGUUUGAGCUCGGUGGCAGAGCGGGACGAAUGGCGGGACGCCGAGGCGGCGCCGACGAUGCCGGGAAAGAUGACGAGCGGCCCGAAAGCAGGGGAGACUUUAUUCGAAGCCAAAGACGAGCCUCGCGGGGCCAGACGUACUCAGAGCCACGCGCACGUAGCAAAUCGCAGCGAGAACAGGGCCACUCGAACACGGUCGGCCAGUUUCGGGGAAAGGGCUCGGCCUAUUCGCAGACACAAAGAAUCAAGGAGCAGCGACAGCAAAGUCGCUCUGAGGUCAGGACCGAGCCUUGACACGGCCAGACAAUCCAACGGCUGCAGAGCGAACCAGAGACACUCCAUCCACGGAGACAUCAACGGGAGGCAGAGCGCAGAGAACUGGAAGAGCCAGGUGGAAGCCAUGACCUCCAGGACUGCCAGGAGCCCUGCCAGGGGCCCGCCCAUUAGCCCUGGUGAAUGGAAAGUUCCCAGCCAAGCAAGAAUCCUCUCCCAGGCUGAGGUCCUGAAACACCCUUUUUGGUAGGAUAACGUGCCGAGUCUUCUGUUCUGAGCGCUUCCAGAAAGAGUGCGACACUUUUAUAACCCUUUGCUUGUCUAUUUGGGGAGUGGGGGUGCACCGGUGGCAUGUAGCAGCCUCUAUCUACCCUCCCCCCCAUCGCCGCCCUGCCUCGACUCGCUGCUCUCGGUUAGGCAGAAGGUCUCGCCGUGUGAUUUUGUGCCAAUCGCAUCCAUCCAUCCACCCCAUUAUGCAAGGCAAGGAGGGGAAGUUCACUGAGGAAUAUUUUUCUAUCUGGCAUGCAGUUCAUCCUUCUUUUUGACACACGAGAAGACAAGUUCUUCACCAUCCCGCAUUCAACUCCAGACUGUUCACUCUCUUCCUUAAGCCUCCUUCAAAUGACCAGAAACUUGUGCUUUUUGCUUUACUGAGCGUACAGAACAACAGCAAUGAUAAGAAUUGACUCUCGGGGGUGCUCGGUUUAUGACAAGGUUCCUUUCCGACGGCGGAAAUAUGACCUGAAAUGACAGUAAGACCAUCUCAAGUGCGACUCUACUUCAAUAGCAGCAUUAUGAUUCCCAUUCAAAUAUAAAAAGUUCAUGAAAUAGAAACAGCUCUUUGUUCCCGUUUAGAAUCAAAUGGAGAAUAGUUAAGAACCGGAAUCGUCCAGAUUUAAACGUUGCCCAAUCCGAGCGUGAGUUCUCAGGCCAUAUAUUCCCACUUCGUAACCCGGGAAUGUUGUGCCCGUCGUAAACCAAGGACUCCCUUUCUAUGUACAUGUAGCCAUUCCAUGUUUUUAAGAGCGCCAUUUCGGUAUCGUCCCAUGUUCUCCCGCUUGGGGAUCUAUCUGUACGUCAUGACACUUCGAGGUCACCGCCGUACCCAAUGUGUGCAGUCGCUUGUGAAUUGUAAUAUAGAUAUUUAUACAUAUAUAUAUGAAUGUUAUGUCAUGUUUUGCAGGAAAUAUCUACUAAAGUCAACCGCACUGCGUCCGUUCCCACCUGUAGCAUAACAGAUUGAUGAUAUUUAACCUUGUGUGAUUUGUCGCCAAAUGUUCUGUGUUAAGGCCGAGACGGCAUUUUAUAUAAGAACUUGUGAGUCAUGUCGCUGCCUACUGAGGAGAGAAAAGAAAAGACGAGGUGUGCUGCUUUCUGACUUUUUGUCACUGACGCCUGGUCUCUGACGCAACUUAUGGCUUUACUGUGGACACUUACUUGCUUUGUCUUUACUUUAUGCUGUAAAGUGUAUGGAACGUUAGUUGACAGAUUUAAGGUAGAUUAAGCUUUUGUCAGCUUUUGGUUUUAUUCCCAAAUCAUUUGUGCAUCUCUGUCUCUCUCUCUCUCUCUCGCACAACCAAUAACUAUAAUAUUACUACUAUUCUGCCCCCUGUCAAUGUUCUAAACAUAAAGCACAAUUCUGGUUUCUGCAAAAUUUCUCAAUGAGAAGAUUAUAAAGCGUGUGCAAUAGCUCUAAAGUCUAUACAUUAUAUUAAAUAGUCUAUAUUCAGAAUUGUAACUUUCUGAAGGCUCACGUAAAUCCAUCCCUCCAUCAUCUGACAGAAAUGGUCAGAAAUAAAGCUGAAAUGUUUAUUAGGUUUUUAAAAUGUAUUAUGGUAAAAAAAUAUAGUAUAUAGUUGUUGAAAAAAAAUCUCAUGCUUUAGUAUUCUGUGCUGACCUUUCAUCUAAAUUAUGACUUCAUAAAUAACAUCAGGAUUAUUUUUAGAUGUUUUAUUUUUAUAUUAUUUAUUCAGAGAACCUUUGACUUUGAAGUCAGUCUUUUAAGUGUAAUAUUUUGUCUUGUGUUUUUGUUGAACUGACUCCACGCUGAGUUUGAAGAUUAUGGUAUUCAGGUGAGCUCAGGGAACAUAGCGUUGUAGCAAACAGAAGAUCAUGCGGUGUCAAAACUGUCGAUCGGGAGUUUUUGUGCAAUAUAGUGAGCGAGGGCAGUUCAACCAGAAAACACGAUUUCUUUUUGUGUUGAGCUCUUUAUUUUCCUCAUCCUUGUAUCAUGCUGUGGCCUUGCAUCGCUUUCGUAGGGAAAAAAAACAAUAUGUGUGCUUCUCUUCUACAUGGCGUAGGAAACAGAUAUGUAAAUGUUUGUACAUUGUACAGCACCUUUCUAAAUAUUCGCUCGGCGUUCUUUUGGGGAGGGGUGGGUAGAUAAAUAAAACAGAGGUCUAUUCAUGAAAUUGCCCCAUUAUUUUUUUAUAUAUAAAAAAAAAAAGGAAGAACAUAUUUAAAAAUGGAUUGAAAAAGAAUCUUGACGUGGUGUUAUGUUCAUGCACUGAAUAAUAAAGUUUUCUGGAAACAU